AUGUUAACCAAUCACGUCUACUCCAGCAUGAAGUGUAUGCUCCAUGUGGGCUUCAGGUGUGCUUCAGGUGUGCUUCAGGUAUUCAGGUGUGCUUCAGGUGUGCUCGAGCUGGUGGGUGAACAGCAAGAGAGUCGACCUCUGCUCAGCCCCUCCAUCGACGACUUCCUGUGUGAGAGCAAGAGUGACGCAUCCUCUCGUCCUGUGACCUCCAACACUGCAGUGCUCUCGUCCACUCUAGACCUGCUGGACCUGAGUGACCCGGCGGAGCGGAGGAACAGCAAGGACCGGAGGAGUCCGCUGUGUGUGCGGCCCGAGGGGUCAAAGGUCUCCACGCACAGGAAGCGGUCGGUGGAGACGGAGCUGAUCCAGGUGGACGUGGAGCGAAAUGCUCCCUCCCCUCUGGAGAAGUGGGAGGAGCUUAAUCCCCACCCAGAAAGAACAGGAAGCAGGAAGUGGAAGUUGGAGAGAAGACGCUCGUCAAAGAAUGCCUCCAGCGAGCUGCUUUGGUCUGUAGAGAGUAAGGCCCAGCUGGACACCAAAUCCCAACUGGACACCAACCACAAAGCUGAGGCAGAGGCUACACCUGCUCCUCAGCUCCACAGGCAACUUGUUAGUGGAAGACAUGGUCGGCUGGGUAAAGAGCAGAGAUGGGGCAGCGCUCAUCUGUCCAGAAACCAGUCGCUGGAGGAAGAGUUUGAGAGAGCCAAAGCAGCAGUGGAGUCGGAUACGGAGUUCUGGGAUAAGAUGCAGGCUGAGUGGGAGGAGCUUGCUCGACGGAACUGGCUGACUGAGAACGAUCAGCCACAGAUCCCAUCCACUGUAUCACCAAUGGAGAAGGGCUACUAUUUCCACACUGAUAACCCGUAUAAGGACUGGCCCAACGCCUUUGAGGAGGGGGUGAGGAAGCGUCGCCAAGGCGACCUGCCCAACGCAGUCCUGCUGCUGGAGUCCGCCAUCUUACAGGACCCCCAGGACUCCGAGGCGUGGCAGGUGCUGGGGACAACACAGGCAGAGAAUGAAAAUGAACAGGGGGCCAUCGUCUCCCUCCAGAGGUGUCUGGAGCUGCAUCCCAACAACCUGACGGCACUGCUGGCGUUGGCGGUGAGCUUGACCAACACGGGGAUGCGCCAGGACGCGUGCGAGGCCCUGCUGCGCUGGCUCAGGCACCACCCCAAACACAAGCACCUGCUCAAGGGCCACACACACCUGCCCACCUCCCCCCUCACCCAGCGCAGGAUGUCCCGCGUCUCCAACAACAACAGCUGCUCCAUCCUGACGGAGGUGAAGGAGCUCUUUCUGGAGGCGGCUAAGCAGUCCGACUCCAUUGACCCCGAUCUGCAGACGGGACUAGGAGUGCUCUUCAACCUCAGUCACGAGUUCAACAAGGCCGUGGAGGCCUUCAACGCAGCCCUGUCUGUCAGGCCAGAGGACUACCUGCUGUGGAACCGGCUGGGUGCGACACUGGCUAACGGGGACCGUAGUGAGGAGGCGGUGGAGGCCUACAGCAGAGCACUGGAGCUGCAGCCUGGGUUCAUCCGCUCUCGCUACAACCUGGGCAUCAGCUGCAUCAACCUGGGCGCACACAGGGAGGCGGCCAGUAACUUCCUGACGGCAUUGAGCCUGCAGAGGAAGAGCCACAGCGGUCAGCUGUCCCAGCAGGUGAUGCAGGGCAACAUCUGGGCUGCGCUCCGCAUCGCUCUGUCCAUGCUAGACCAGCCCGAGCUCUUCCAGGCCGCCAACAUCGGAGACCUCGACCAGCUGAUGCGCGCCUUCAACCUGGACAUGUGACUGGCUCCUUGAGCCCUCGACCCUCCUAACACACCCCCGCCUGCACCAAUGAGAGCAGGCAAACCCUUUACUCGUGGGCGGGGCGUGUGUA